CUCUCCCAGAGAAGAUGAGGGUCGGCUUCCAGGCUCGCGGUGCAAGCUUCCACAUGGGCUGUGAGUUAAGCAAGGCAGUGGGUAGAGGUGGAUGGGCUGGUGGCUGCCUUUCUUCCUUCUUGGUGACUGUGAGAUGCCUGUUCUGGUGCCAGAAGGGGCACAGCUACGUCUGUGUGCCCUCUGAACCCAGAGUGAAAUCCAGACAAACUGAGUUUCUUUCAUUCUGGUUCACCACUGCCAGAGCAGUGACUUUGGCCCUGAGCGGAUUCCUCUAAAGGGUGGGGAGACAGAUGAAGGUGUGCUCAUGCUUAGCCUGAGAAAGAUGCCUUGUUCCCUGACAGUUUAACAAUAUUGCUUUUGAAGUAGAGUCAGGAUGAGUGACAGGACCCCACCCAGACUCCUAGACCUGGCAGCAAUCAGCCUGCUGAGGGACGAAGCCUUGACCAUCUCCACUUUGGAGUAUCUGCCCACCGAGCUCUUCCCAUCACUGUUCAUGGGGGCCUUCUAUGGGAGACGCAUGGAGACCCUGAAGGCCCUGGUGCAAGCCUGGCCCUUUGUCUGCCUGCCUCUGGGGGGCCUGAGGCAGAAGCCUCACCGAAGGACCUUACAAGCCGUGCUGGAUGGGCUCGAUGUCCUGCUUGCCCAGGAAGUUCGCCCCAGGAGGUGCAAACUGCGAGUGCUGGAUUUACAGAAUACCGGCCAGAACUUCUGGAGAAUGUGGUCUGGAGCCAAGGCCGGAGGUGGUUCAAGCUCAUCCAUGGCACCAGUGACUGAGAACAGUUCAAGCACAGAGCAGCCCUUAGCCCCUUUGAAAGUGUUCAUAGAACUUCACCUCAAGAAAAGGACCCUGGGUAAAUUCUUCACCUACCUCAUCAGGUGGGUGGAGCAGAAAAAAGGAUCCGUACAUCUGUGCUACAGGAAGCUGGAGAUUGUUUCAAUGCCGAAGGAAAAUAUUAAGGAAGUCCUGAGCAUGGUGCAGCUGGACUGUAUCCAGGAAGUGGAGCUGAAUUGCACCUGCAAGCUGUCCACCCUGGGCGUCUUUGCUCCUCUCCUGGGGGAUAUGAUUAAUGUGCAGAGACUCCGUCUCUCCCAUGUCCACGUGUCUUCCUUUGCGGAGCAGGAGCAGCAGCAGCACGUUGUCCAGUUUACCUCCCAGAUCCUCAGGCUGCACCAUCUCCGGGACCUCUGUAUGGAAUCUCCCUCCUUCCUCGAAGGCCGCCUGGACCAGAUGCUCAGGUGCCUGGUGACACCCUUGGACAACCUGGCAAUAACCAACUGCCUGCUUACAGAAUCAGACUUGACCCACCUGUGCCAGUGCCCGAACGUCAGUCAGCUAAAGAAGUUGAAGCUGAGUGGUGUCACCCUGACCGAUUUCAGUCCUGAGCUCCUCCAAGUUCUGCUGGAGAAAGUUGCAGCCACCCUGCAGGAACUGGACCUGGACCUGUGCAGGAUCUUGGACCCACAUCUGGAGGCCAUCCUGCCCGCCCUGAGCCGCUGCUCCCAGCUCAGGUCUCUCAGCAUAUGUGGAAACUUCUUCUCCGUGGCCGUCAUGGAGAAGCUACUGAGUCACACCACUGGGCUUCUCAGUUUAAGGGAAGAGCUGUACCCUGUCCCUCUGGAGAGUUACAGCUCUCAGGGCGUUCUCCUCCUGGAGAGGCUUGUCCCUCUACAGAAUGAGCUGUUGGAGAUGCUGAGAAACUUAGGACGUCCCAGGUCCAUCUGGAUUAGCCUCAGGCCCUGUCCUUACUGUGGUGAUGACAAAUGUGUCCACAUGGAGCCCGCUCUGUAAUGCUGUAGUCCUACGGCCUGGUUGCUUGCUUCUGUACAAAGCUAUUCUGGGCACUUGGGUACUGAGGCCUUGGACAUAGUUGCACCUUGAAGGAAGCAGAGACCCGUGGUUUCAGACAUCUUCUCAGUGUGAAUGGGAAAAGGAAAGGUGAUCCAAGAGAGGUAUAGGACUACAGGGGAGAUAUUGACUUGGAGAGUUGAUGGGACUUUUGGGGACACAUGUCUUACAGAGUCAGAAAUAUGAGCCAAAAUUUCUGGCGGGGAUUCAGGCUUGAUGAACACAUAUUGGAGUUAUCUCUGGAUGGUUGGCUGUAAAGAAAUAAAGAGACCCUCAGUGUAAAUAGA